UCACGAGAAACUCGUUUUCGUUGUCGCGCCUCGGAGAUCGGACUGCAAGUAUAAAUAGCGGUGGAUCUCUCCUAUAUUGUCGGUAUAGUUGUUCGUAUAGCAAGGCUACUCCGUAGUAGACGUACCUAUGCCGUGCCUACUGUAUACCUACUCCGUAUUUCUGAUCCUGGUAAUUUAGGUGGCACCUACUCCAGAAGUACCAGCACUGCCAGCAAGCCCAUCCGUUCUUGAUCACGCUAAGUACAAGUUCGUUCUCGACCCCUAUUAGGCGCAAGCGUUCGACACCCGCAAGCCACUAGAUCGAUCAGACUUGGCAUCGGAAAGACGUCCCCCUGCAAGAAACGCGACGGACCUUGUGAAAUUCCCACCCUCGCGAAAGUGACCUUGUCACGUUCGUGACGAAAAAUGGCAAUUCGUGAAUCCAGACGGUCGGUCGGUAUCGCUCUUCUGAUUACGAUCGCCGUUAACCUAAUCACUGCUCUCGCUCCAUUCGCCGCUGCUGCGAAGAACAUUCCUCAAGCCUCCGAUGUUGUCAUUCAGUCGUCACAAGUCACCGUGCUGCGCCAGUUAGCGAAGCAGUGGGGCAGUGGCUUCGACGGCUUUAAGACCUGGACCGCAUCCGGCGCUCCCAAGAAAUGCUCGGCUUAUGUGGGCGUUGGAUGCGACUCGAGCGGUCAAAUCGUGAGCAUCACUCUGGCAGAAUCCGGAGCAGAGGGGGCCAUCACGGGCAUCUCCAAGCUCACUGCACUCACCAAAAUCUGGGUACCUGAGACCGACAUGGGUAACGCCCGUCGUCCUCUGCAUGACUACCUUGUCCAGCAGGGUGUUACUUCUACCACCCAGCUUUGAGGGGGGGAAGUGUGAGAGCUUGGAAUGUACUGGCACGCCAUAUCUAGCGUAAUCCUGCUGUAAUCCCUUAAAGCCAAUAGCCUCGCGUGGCUAUACACAGGGUGAUUCUAUCUUCUAGAAGGGUCUAUUUCCUUAGGAUAAGAUUAACCUGGUUACCUGAUGUACUCUGGAAGUAUAAAAGCGCCUUGUACUGAUCGAUAGUGCAAUUUUUCCUCGAUUCAUU